GACCAAUCGAUCGUACGAACAGAACUAUCCCAUGAUAGAUCAUUGUUACGAUGUCGUGAUUGUAGGCGCUGGAGGUGCGGGAUUAAGAGCAGCGUUUGGUUUAGGAAGCAAGGGGUACAGAGUGGCAGUGGUCACAAAAUUAUUUCCGACGAGAUCUCACACGGUGGCUGCCCAGGGAGGUAUAAAUGCCGCCAUCGAUACCGAAAAGGAGGAUAACUGGCUGUACCACAUGUACGAUACGGUUAAAGGAUCUGACUGGCUAGGUGAUCAGGAUGCGAUACACUUUAUGACCAGGGAAGCGCCACGCGCAGUCUUCGAGCUGGAGAAUUAUGGUUGCCCUUUUAGUCGCACGGACGAUGGAAGGAUCUAUCAGCGAGCGUUUGGCGGUCAAUCGUUGAAAUUUGGCAAGGGUGGCCAAGCUCACAGAACUUGCGCCGUCGCGGAUAGAACCGGUCACUCGCUGUUGCACACUUUAUAUGGGCAAAGUCUACGGUACGAGGUGCACUAUUACGUGGAGUACUUUGCCCUUGAUCUUCUUAUGCACGGACGGUGCUGCAAGGGCGUCCUGGCGUGGGAACUGGAAACUGGACUUCUCCAUCGUUUCAGGGCUCACCAUACGGUGUUGGCAACAGGUGGAGCAGGAAGGUGUUUUUUGUCCUGCACCGCUGCACACGCAUGCACCGGCGACGGCAUGGCGAUGGCAUCUAGAGCAGGAUUACCCCUCCAAGACAUGGAGUUCAUCCAGUUCCAUCCAACCGGCAUAUACGGGAGUGGUAUUCUGAUAACGGAGGGCAGCCGAGGGGAAGGUGGAAAGCUAUUGAAUUCCGAAGGGGAAUACUUCAUGGAACGAUACGCGCCAAACGCGAAGGAUCUAGCGUCUCGCGAUAUCGUGUCGAGAGCUAUAACCAUGGAAAUAUUCGAGGGAAGAGGCGUUGGCGUUAAGAAAGAUCACGUCCACCUUCAACUGGAUCAUCUGCCAGUGGAGACUAUACGGACGAAACUACCAGGGAUAUCACAUUUGUCCUGGGUGUUUGCCGGCGUUAAUGUGGAGAAAGAACCGAUUCCUGUUAUCCCGACGGUACAUUACAAUAUGGGAGGUAUACCUACAAAUUGGCGCGCACAGGUUAUCACACGAGAGAAAGAGGAAGAUCAUGUGAUCGAAGGACUCUGGGCGGCGGGUGAAACUGCGUGUGCAUCCGUUCAUGGCGCCAAUCGACUAGGCGCGAACAGUCUUCUGGAGCUGGUCGUCUUUGGCAAAGCGAUCGCCGAUAAUAUCGAUUGCAUGACCAGACCCGGUGAGCGUCACGAGGAUCUGUCAACUGCUGUUAGCGAACAAUCAAUUUGUCGUUUCGACGCGACCCGUUACGCAAAAGGCUGCAUUCCUGUUGCCGAGUUGCGGGAGGAGAUGCAGCAAACAAUGCACCGAUAUUGCUCUGUCUUCAGAACCUGUCACAUAUUGCAGCGAGGAUGCCGCGAGAUGACGCGGCUUUACACCUGCGAUCUACCGGACUUAUGUGUUCAAGACCAGUCAUUAAUUUGGAAUACAGAACUCGUGGAAGCCAUAGAAUUACAAAACAUGAUGCUGGUUGGUAUGCACAUUGUUUACGCGGCGGAGAAUAGAAAAGAAUCCAGAGGAUCGCACGCUCGGGACGAUUACAAGGAAAGAAUCGACGAGUACGAUUACACGAAACCCCUCAAUGAUCAGAAAAAACGCGCAUACAUCGACCACUGGCGCAAACAUACGCUGACGUGGGCUCGCGAGGAUGGAUCAAUCAGCAUAUCUUAUCGACCCGUCAUCGACUCGACAUUGGACGAGGCAGAGGCCAAACACGUUCCGCCAGCUGUUCGGACGUACUGAUACAACUUUCUGCCUGUAGCGUGACGUUUUUGCUACGA